AUGGAGGUGUUCAAUGUGUUGGGAGGAGCCUUUCAAGUGUGCCACGAGAAGCAGGGUGACAGUCAUCGAGUGGUGUACUUUAUUGCCGUCAACCACGAGGUCGCCUUCACACUGUGUCCACGUCACGCAACAUUUUGUGGCCUUCGACAUUUUACUUGGUCUUGUGGUGUCCUCCUCCUCCUCCUCCUCCUUCUGCGUCUUCUUCUUCUUCUGGGUUUUGGAGUAGUGACUGGCCUUGUGGUCGAGUAG